CACGUGGUAAUUUAAGGAAAGAAACUUAUAAGAAGAUGGAAGGAAAUGAAGAAAAAGGAAAAACAAAAUAAAAGAGGAAAAAAAGGCAAAAAGAAGAAAAGAAAAACGCGUUUUCUUAAAAAGGAAAAACAAGAGAAAAACAGAAGCACACAGUUGGAAUCCUUUUCUCCUUCUCCUCUUCCUUGCUUAGUUUCUCUUUUCUCUUUCUAGAACAGACCCAAAAAAUUAGCAUUAGGAUUUUCAGACAGAAACCCACUCUUUACUCUGCAACUACUGGAAGAGAGGGUUUAGGGUUUAAUCUGUAUAAUUCUUAAAGACCCUUUUCGGUGUUCGAAAAUGGGUUCAUCUUGUUUUUGUUCUUCAGUUACCAAAUGUCGUUCUUUAUCUCUCUUUUUUUGGCUACUUUAUCUCUCACUAAACCGUGUGGUUUUGGGUGAUUCCGACAAGUCUGUGCUGUUAGAGUUCAAAAACUCCUUGUCUGAUCAGUCAGGGUUGCUGUCUAGUUGGAAUCUGAUCAAUUCCGAUUAUUACUGUUCUUGGACUGGCGUUUCCUGUGAUAAGAACUCACGUGUUGUGUCUCUUAACAUCACUGGACAAGGCAACAACUAUGGUGAUAGAGGUAAGAAGAGUAAAAAUAGAAGCUUUUUCUUUUGUUCUGGUUCUGUUCAGUAUCCACUGUAUGGGUUUGGGAUUAGAAGAGAUUGUAAGAGUGGUAAUGGUGUUUUAGUGGGUAACUUGUUGCCUUUGAUUGCUAAGUUAACUGAGUUAAGGAUCUUAUCAUUGCCCUUUAAUGGGUUCAGUGGAGAGAUACCUGGUGAAAUAUGGGGCAUGGAAAAAUUAGAGGUUCUUGAUCUAGAGGGAAAUUUGGUUACUGGGUCAUUGCCUGUUUCCUUUUCUGGGUUAAGGAAUUUACAGGUGUUGAAUUUGGGGUUUAAUAAGAUAGAAGGAGAAAUACCGAGCUCGCUUGUUAAUUGUGCCAAUUUAGAGAUUCUAAAUUUAGCUGGUAAUCGCAUUAAUGGGACAAUCCCUGCCUUUGUUGGUGGAUUUAGGGGCGUUCAUUUGUCUUUGAACCAGCUUGCUGGGUCAGUGCCUGGUGAAAUUGGAUAUAAGUGUGAGAAACUUGAACACUUGGACUUGUCUGGUAACUUCUUCGUUGGAGCGAUCCCUACUAGUUUAGGAAAUUGUGGUAAUCUGAGGACAUUGUUGUUGUAUUCGAAUUUGUUCGAAGAAGUUAUUCCACCUGAACUUGGUAUGCUUAGAAAGCUUGAAGUGUUGGAUGUCUCAAGAAAUAGUCUCAGCGGAUCGAUACCUUUUGAGCUUGGAAAUUGCUCUGCAUUGUCUGUGCUUGUGCUUUCUAAUAUUAUCGAUCCAUAUCAGGGUGUUAACAGUUCGAGAGGGGACUAUUUGUUGGAUCAACUGAAUUCUGCAAAUGAAGAUUUCAACUUUUUCCAGGGAGGAAUCCCUAUGGAAAUUAUGAACCUCCCAAACUUAAGGAUGCUGUGGGCACCAAGUGCAACUCUAGAGGGCAGUUUGCAGAGUAACCACGGUGCUUGUGAUAAAUUAGAGAUGAUUAAUUUGGCUCAUAACUUUUUCAGCGGGGGAAUUCCUCGCAACUUCCGUCGUUGUGCUAAGCUAUGGUACCUGGACUUGAGUUAUAAUAGGCUUAAGGGGGAGCUUGCUGAGGGGCUUCUGGUUCCUUGUAUGACUGUGUUUGAUGUUAGUGGAAAUUCCUUAUCUGGUCCGAUUCCCAAUUUCUACAGAAACAGUUGCCAAUGGGUUCCUUCCAUAAAUGGGCAUCCCUCGAGCAUCUUUGAUCCCUCAUCUGCCUAUCUCUCGUUUUUUGCCCGCAAAGCUCAGGCUGGGAGUCUUGUACAGUCACUUGCUGGAGAUAGUGAAAGUAUAAUUCUUCACAACUUUGGGAGCAAUAAUUUUACUGGUACUCUCCAGUCCAUGCCAAUUGCUAAUGUCAGACUAGGAAAACAAACUGCUUAUGCAUUUUUAGCUGGAGAAAACAAGCUCACUGGUCCAUUCCUGGGGGUUUUGUUUGAGAAAUGUGAUGAAUUGAGCAAAAUGAUUCUUAAUGUUAGCAACAACAGAAUAUCGGGUCAGAUCCCAGCUGAUAUUGGUAAACUGUGCAGAUCUCUCAAACUUUUGGAUGCAUCUAGCAAUCAGAUUAUAGGGCCUAUUCCCCCUGGUGUUGGCAAAUUGGUAACUCUUGUUUCUCUAAAUUUGAGUUGGAAUAUAUUGCAAGGUCAAAUUCCUACUAGUCUCAGCCAAAUAAAGGGCCUGAGGUAUCUUUCCUUGGCUGGUAAUGAAGUGAAUGGAUCUAUCCCUAAUAGUUUAGGCAACUUAUGGUCUCUGGAAGUACUUGAUCUCUCUUCAAACAUGCUCUCUGGUGAGAUUCCAAACAAUCUCGUGAACUUGAGAAACCUAACCGCUCUUCUACUUAAUGACAAUAAACUUUCAGGGCAGAUACCUUUUGGUUUGGCAAAUGUUACUAUGCUCUCAGUAUUCAAUGUCUCUUUCAAUAACUUAUCUGGGCCAUUGCCAUUAAGUAACAAUUUGAUGAAAUGCAGCAGUGUUCUUGGAAAUCCUUAUCUACGGCCUUGCCAUGUUUUCUCUUUAACGGUUCCAACUCCAGAUCCAGGAAGUGCUACUGGCUCACAAAGCUAUGCUGUUUCACCAGCAAAUCAGAACCAAGGGAGUGGGAGCAACAGGUUCAAUUCAAUUGAGAUAGCAUCAAUAGCGUCUGCAUCAGCCAUUGUCUCAGUUCUUGUAGCUCUGAUUGUGCUCUUUUUCUAUACCAGAAAGUGGAGCCCAAAGUCCAAAAUAAUGGGAACUACCAAAAAGGAAGUAACAAUCUUUACAGACAUUGGUGUUCCCUUGACAUAUGAGAAUGUCGUGCGGGCUACUGGGAGCUUCAAUGCCAGCAACUGCAUUGGUAAUGGAGGUUUUGGGGCUACAUACAAAGCAGAAAUAUCUCCUGGGGUCUUAGUGGCAAUCAAACGACUUGCAGUUGGACGAUUCCAGGGUGUUCAGCAGUUUCAUGCUGAAAUUAAAACCCUUGGAAGGCUCCAUCAUCCAAAUCUUGUCACACUAAUUGGUUAUCAUGCCAGUGAAACUGAAAUGUUCCUCAUAUAUAAUUAUUUGCCCGAUGGUAAUUUGGAAAAGUUUAUCCAGGAAAGGUCCUCUAGAGCUGUGGACUGGAGAAUACUUCAUAAGAUUGCUUUGGAUGUAGCCCGUGCGCUUGCUUACCUCCAUGAUCAGUGUGUACCGCGUGUACUUCAUCGCGAUGUCAAGCCUAGCAAUAUCCUUCUAGAUAAUGAUUUCAAGGCCUAUCUGUCUGACUUUGGUUUGGCUAGGCUUUUGGGAACUUCUGAAACACAUGCUACUACAGGUGUGGCUGGAACCUUUGGUUAUGUCGCCCCAGAAUAUGCAAUGACUUGUCGUGUUUCGGAUAAGGCUGAUGUUUACAGUUAUGGGGUUGUGCUUCUAGAGUUGCUCUCUGACAAGAAAGCUUUGGAUCCAUCAUUUUCCUCAUAUGGGAAUGGCUUCAAUAUUGUUGCUUGGGCGUGCAUGCUCCUAAGACAGGGCCGGGCGAAAGAUUUCUUUACUGCUGGGUUAUGGGAUGGUGGUCCCCAUGAUGAUUUGGUUGAAGUGUUACAUCUAGCAGUUGUAUGCACUGUUGACUCAUUAUCGACUAGACCUACAAUGAAGCAAGUUGUACGGAGAUUGAAGCAACUUCAACCGCCCUCGUGCUAGCUGCAUGAUAAGGUUUGUGAAUUUGUAGAAUUUAAAGAUCCCCGUUCGUUCUCCUUGUUGCGGGGUGUCCUUGGCUUAGGUAGAGCUCAGUUAUAGUUAUUCCCACUUGUAAAUUGUAAUAUAGUUCUGCCCCAUUUUUUAAUGUUGUUUCCCUGAUUAUUGAUGAAUCUGCAGAAGAAUGCAGAUAUUAAUUCUCCAUGCUGUAUACAUGUAUCUCAGUUCCAUUUGUUGAAUAAAGCCAUAGAAAAUAGUGAGAAUUUCUAGAGGA